AGAAGUACCAGUAAAACAAAAUCUCUUUCUCAGCGAGUCGUCGUUCAUCUUUGCCCCCUCUCCCAUCGGAUCCACACCCGAUUAUUUCCCAUGGCGAGCCUCUGGAGAGCCGCGAUGGGCGGCGCCACCCCCGACUGCGGCGGUGUCGAGUUCUGGUCCGCCCCCGAGCGGUCCGGCUGGCUGACCAAGCAAGGCGAGUACAUCAAGACGUGGCGCCGCCGCUGGUUCGUCCUCAAACAGGGAAAACUCUUCUGGUUCAAGGAAUCCAUCGUCACCCGCGGCUCCACGCCGCGCGGCGUCAUCCCCGUGGCCACCUGCCUCACCGUCAAGGGCGCCGAGGACGUGCUCAACAAGCAGUUCGCGUUCGAGCUCUCCACUCGGUCCGAGACCAUGUACUUCAUCGCGGACUCGGAGAAGGAGAAGGAGGACUGGAUCAACUCGAUCGGACGGUCGAUCGUGCAGCACUCGAGGUCGGUCACCGCUAACGAGAUCGUCGAUUACGAUAGCAAGCAGUAGAAUGAGACGGAUGUGUGUACUCGUCGAUUGUUAUCGAAAUAUUAUGUGCGUUCGAUCUUUCUCUUCUUGAUGAUUUUGAUUUUUCAUGUUAUGUGCGUAAAUUGUAUAUUAAAUAGCAUCACCAGCCCUAAUUCCUAAUUUUCCUCAAAUUUGAGUAAAAGUUUAUGAAACGCUCCGGUGGAUAAACUCAAAUCUAAGCACAAAUUUGAGCAGAAGCUUCAUUUAAUGGCAUGAUUGUAAAUUGGGGAGGAGGAAAAUGGCUUUAUAAUGUUUCAGUAAAUAUUCGAGUUAAACUCAAUUUGGUUUAGGUUUGGGUCGAGGAGUGGAAUGGAUUUUAGGGUUUUUAACUCGAAGGUCGAGUUUGAGUGAAAAGAAGGGUAAGAGCUGGAGAUGCUAAUAUAUAAGUUGAUUGUUUUGUUGUCAGAUCUUAAUGUGAUCUUGUGGUAUUGUUUGGAAGAUGUUCAUUUGUGAGUGUAUUGUAACAUGUGACUUGUUGGUGAUUAUGUAAGAUGAGAAGAUCAAUUUCAUGUGGCA